CUUUAGGUUCAGUGUAAUGAAAAACGUUUAUAAACUUUAUAAACAAAUUAGGUAAAUUUGAUACAGUAUAAAUGGUUUCAAUGAUAAAAUAUGGAAUUCUCGUAACUGCAAUUAAUUCAAUUUGAUAAGCAUUUAUUUGUGAGAUAUUGUACUGCGUGAGGACUUUGAAGAAUGAGCAAAAUGAAUCCCAAACAAUUUUUGAGGUUAUGUCGUGCCGGUAAAACGUUUUACAAUUCAUCCAGAUAUUAUACAAAUAGAAAUAUUUUAAAAUUACAUGAAAGAGGAAUGCUCGAUAACUUAUUUCCAGAACAAAGUGCGGAUAAGAUAAUAAAGCUUCUUAAUAGCAAUUCGCCACAAUGUGUCUACGCUGGUUUCGAUCCCACAGCAGACAGUCUCCACGUAGGAAACUUAUUAAUUCUAAUGAAUCUUCUUCAUUGGCAACGAUCGGGUCACGAUGUUUUGGCAUUAAUCGGUGGAGCUACCGGAUUAAUAGGCGAUCCAAGCGGACGGAAAACAGAACGUGAACAAAUUGAAGAAGUCCUAGUAAAGGAGAAUGUCGAGUCAAUAAGAAGAAAUAUAGAAACAAUUUUUGCAAAUCAUGAACAAUAUUUUUGGAAGAAUCCCCAUUAUAAAUUAAAACCAAUAACAAUUGUAAAUAAUAGUGAUUGGUACACAGGAGUGAAUGUCAUUGAUUUUGUGAAAAGAGUCGGAAAACAUUUUCGUCUGGGUACAAUGUUGGGAAGAACUUCCGUUCAAUCGCGCUUGAAACAAGAGAGCGGAAUGAGUUUUACAGAAUUUACUUAUCAGAUUUUUCAAGCCUAUGAUUGGUUACAUUUGCUGAAUAAAUAUAAUUGUCGAUUUCAAAUUGGUGGAAGUGAUCAGAUGGGAAAUAUUGUCGCUGGUCAUGAUUUGAUUAGUCGAGUUAGAAAUGAGAAUGUUUAUGGAAUUACAUCGCCGCUUAUAACGUCGGAGGGUGGUAAAAAAUUUGGAAAAUCUGUGGGCAAUGCUGUUUGGCUAUCUUCGGAAAGGAGUUCUAGUUUUCAACUUUAUCAGUUCUUCUUUAGAACUACGGACGCUGAUGUGGGGAAUUUUCUUAAUUUAUUCACAUUCUUGACGAUACCGCAAAUUGAAGAGAUUAUGUUGGCCCAUCGGAAAGAUCCGGAGAAACGUGAAGCGCAGAAAAUAUUGGCUGAAGCUGUCACAACACUCGUACAUGGAGAGGAAGGUUUAAAAUCUGCGAAACACACUUCGGCAAUUCUUUACGAAAGUACAGUCGAUACACUAUCAAAAAUGGAAGCCAAUGAUUUGGUGUCUGCAUUCGAAGGUGCAACUUUAGUGGAAAUUAUAAAUGAACCAGGAUUAACAGUUUCGGAAUUAGCUUUGAAAGUUAAAUGCUUCAAAAAAGAAAACGAUGCAAUGAGAAUUAUCCCAGCUGGUGGAUUUCACAUAAAUCAUCAAAAAAUAACUAAUGUUAAUGAGAUGAUAGUACCUGGAAUUCAUAUAUUGCCGAACAAUUUAUCAUUGAUUAGGGUGGGUAAGAAAACUUAUCAUAUAGUUAAGUGGUUAUAAAUUAUAUUGACAAUAUUAAUUUUUAAUUAUUAAUUUUUAAUUAAUAAAACAUUUAUUAUAUUA